AUGGGAGCAUCAUGUGCCGGCGAGGCACGAGAGGAGCAGGAAAUUGGCGACAUUAUGAGCUUUAGUCCAGCGCUUUGGAGAGCCAAAGUGGUGCCAAACUCGGGAGAUCUUGAACCACCGACGUUCCCUUCGCUGCUUGACAAUACCCUCCUCUUCCUGCCGCACUCCAGCGUCCAAGAGCUGGGCCUAGAGGCGAACAUGGACGACAAAGGGGACCCCAGCAAGCAGAUGUGGUUUGGGAGAGUUUGGCACGUGCGGCAGCUGCUUCACAGGCGCUAUCAGGAGUUGCGGCAAAACCAGCUGGUUCCGCAUGCUCGAAGAGAAGUUUUACAAGAACGCUUCCACAACAACGAGCAGUCUCUCAAAAUGCUCGUGAAGGUACAAAUGCGCUGGAAACUGGCAUUGAUCCGGAAGAGGAACAAUUUCUCUUUCCUCUCGCGGCUCAAGUUUGCCAACCUGCGAGGCACCCUCAUCUAUGCCCAUGGAUCUGGAGGAUGCAGCUGGGACAAUAUGCGUAUAUGCCGCAUGAUCUGCCGCAUGGGUUUCUUGGUCAUAGCGCCAGAUGAUUUUGCAUACCCGCGGGGUACCGCCAUGGGUGCACUCAGGCACAAGGACCUGCAGCCCCUACACUUGGCUUCAGAUGAUGUGGACUACUGGGCUCCGGACCUCAUCUACGCCUCGCAGGGCCAGCCAUCCAACUCUGUGGGAAUGGACCUACAUCUGUUUUUGCAGAGCAUGCCAUUCGACAACGAUGCCUGCCGCAGCUUUCUGGAGCUGAGCGCAGACCAGCAGACCCAACUGAUGCAAGAGGAUUUCUCGAUGUGUAGGAACCCCAGUGCCUACCUCAUGUCUCGGGUGCGCAACCUCAAAGGCAUGAAGGACAAAGUAACUACAGAGUCCUCAAAAGAGGAGAACGGCUGGUGGCCAAGCAACGACGUCCUUGAAACCUUCCUACACCGUCAUGGAAUCGACGCAGGGGGUCGAGAAGCCUUGCGGCAACUCCCAGCCGAACUGCAGCUCGCUGUGCUUGCGCAUGAUCACGACAUUGGCCAGGGGGGACGCAACCCGUCGCAGCAUUUGGUCUCUUUGGUUGGGAUGGCCUGGGCUGGGACUCUGAGGCCUCCGCAGGUAGAUCCGCACGAAAUUUUCCUGGAUCGGCACGGCAUCGACGAGUCUGCGCGACAAGCAUUUUUCGAACUUCCGAUACACCUCAGACAGAUGGUGCUUGACGAAGGCCCGAUCCUUCACUGCUGGAACCCAUCUGCCGUCCUUGUGUCUCGGAUUGGGCGCGCUCGGCUCAAAGGUGAGGGCAGCAUGGACGGUGUGGGCAAGGCAGUUCUGUGGAAGAGCACAUCCUUUGCAAAGCCACCUUCUACACCACCUCCGGCACAUCUUCAACUCUCACUCCAGACCCCACCCCAGUCUGUAGAAUGCUCCUCGUCUCUGCCUCCGGCUCCUGUGGCCUCUUCGAUUCCCAGGGCCUUUGCCAAAGCCUCCGCUUGCUCUGCCGUUCAAAGCAACUCCCCAGAGCCGAAGCAGAAGAAACGUAAAGCCGAAGACGUCGACGAGGUCGAGGGCUUUUUGCGGCUCAAUGGCAUUGAUGGGAAAUCCUGUCGUGCCAUGCGCCGGCUGCCACGGUCGGCGCAGCGAGCGCUGAUCGGAAUGGAUCUACGGCGGCACGGCAAUCCAUCGGCUUUUCUCUGGAUGCAGAUUCAGAAGCUCCGAGAUGAGAGUAGGGAUGAGGGAAGGCCCCCGUCCCCCCAGCUUGUAUCAGUUUUUGCCAAGCAACCGCCUCCACAGAUCCCCCCUGUGCCCACCCCACCCCCACCACCCAAGCCGGUGUCCAAGCCUGGGUCGGCGCCACGAGGCAAUGGCCCUGCGCACCCAGUGCACAGCCCGGAGCCCCCUCCUGGCCCAGGCCAUAAGCACGGGUCAGUUGCGUUCGUGUUAUUCCGCCACAGUGGUGGAGCCAGCGUCCCGGAAUUCGUGGAAGUGUUCGACCAUGCGCACGUCCUGACGUGCGGCAGAGCCUCGUCCUCAGACGUCCUACUGAAGGUUCAGCAUGCCUCCAAGAAGCAUGCUGAGUUUAGAGUCGAGCACGGGCCAAGCGGAGAAGCCUUGCUCAUGUUUUGCGACUUCUCCUCGAAUGGGACGUGGCUCAACGGCGACAGACUGCCUUCGAGUCGCUUAACACGGCUACUAUCUGGCGACAUCCUCUUCUUCAUGCCGCCCGGGAGUAGCAACGACGUCCCCGCAAUACAAGUCGAGCAGACCCAGAGCCAGGACCAGCCCCUGGCUCUCUGCAACGGGGAUGAGCCUCCCAAAGAGCUGGGAGUGCAGGCGCCCAAUGCGCCCAACCAAGCUGGAUCGGAAGUCUCCGAUUGGAUCCGGAGUGUUGGCAGCGGAGGACGGCUUUGCCGUCGGCUGGUCUCAGAGAUCGAAAACUCCUACGAUCACCUGCGACAGAUCAUCGACAACUACAGCGCAAACAUUGGUGACUUCCUCGACGUUCAUUGCGUCGACGAUCCUGAAGAAGGAGAAGUGCUCUCCGCGGAAGGUGAGAGCACCUACUCCACCAAGGCAGAGGACGUGCUAAGCCAUCCGGACCAGUGGAUGGACAUGUACGAAAAGUGCUAUCAGAUGCGGCGAAGUGAGCUUCACUUCAUCAUCUCCAAGCUCCCGCGGUUCAUCUUGGCGCAGGGCUUCUUCCUAGGCGGCACCUCCGAAGGGGCCAUGACCAUUGCGAGAUUUGAUGAUCAGCGCUACGGCAAAUCCGUUUUGGGGCGGUUCAUCAACUCUUUCAGUGUGGAAUACUGCUAUUUCACUCCGCGGCCAGAGGAUGGCCAGAUUGGCGGUCAAAAAGAUGUCCCGACGCUGAACAUCAUCGGGAGCAAGGAUGAAUAUUUCGGAGCGGUGCAGAGUGUUGCAAAGAUCGUGGUUGAGGAUGGUAUGGGCUAUGGCGACAAGAACCUGACAGGGAACGCGUACAAAACGUUCGUGAGGCAAGGUCUUCACCACGCACUGGUAUGUGUUUUGGAAGAUGGAACCCACGGGCCAUGCAUCACGCAUGACAACCAAAUGCGCGAGAUUUUCAACACCUUCUUCACUCGCCCGCACGACAUCUGGCAGCUCGAGAGGGUUUGGGCCUGCGAUCCGCCAUUGGCUUCCAUGAUUCGCGUUUUGGCCCGCUCUGAGAAGACUUUGCGCGGAGAAGCCAACGGCGCAGAUCACGUGUCGAAGGUCACCAAAGUCUUUGUUCCGCUCAGCAAGAUGCCGAGCAAGAUGUCCUUGCGCGAAGUGCAGGCGUUGCGGGAGAUUUCACCCUCAAGCCAGGCAUUCCAGGCCAAGGUGCAGACCGUCAUGGCAGAGCAGAAAUUGCUGAUGGAGCAGGAAUCCGAGGAGGCAGAGAACAUGCUUCGAAAGCUGCGGAAGAAGGGAUUCGGUGCCAGCUCGCGCUCGCAAACCGAGAACUUCUAUUCACAGGAGGACAACGAAAAGACUGCCAAGAAGGAGAUCCUGUACAACAAGAUCUGA